AUGGGGUGCUGCAGCGGCCGGUGCACGCUGUCCUUUAUAUGUGGGAUGCAGCUGAUUUGCACACUGGAACGACAAAUAUUCGACUUCCUCGGAUAUCAGUGGGCUCCAAUCCUUAUGAAUUUUCUCCACAUCAUCACGGUCAUUAUGGGACUGUUUGGAACAGUGCAGUACAGACCGAGUUAUGUCACAGGGUAUGCAGUAUGGCUGGUUCCCUGGGUGACCUGGAAUGUCUUCAUUAUCUGCUUCUAUCUGGGAGUGGGAGACCUGUCCAAGGAUGCUGACCUGGUAAUGACCUUUAACACCUCCAUGCACCGGUCCUGGUGGAUGGAGAAUGGGCCGGGAUGCAGGGUGACCCUGGUGACCCCGGCUCCACCCUGGGCCCCCGAGGGUCAUCGUUACAUCAGCCUGUCAGGCUGUCUCUUGGAGUACCGCUACGUGGAGGUGGCCCACAGCGGCCUGCACAUCACUCUUGCUCUUGCUGGCUUCAUCUCUGCCUGUUAUGUUGUGAAAUUAAUCGCGGAAGAAGAAGACAGCUUUGACUUCAUUGGAGGGUUUGAUUCUUAUGGUUACCAACGGCCGCAGAAGACAUCGAAUUUGCAGCUGCAACCUCUGUACCUGUCAAAGUAACAAAGACAAAGGCUGUAUAUACUCAAUAAAUCAAAGACACAUCCUCUGCUCCUUUCUAAAUUGAAUAAAUAAAAUAGCAAUGAAAUAAUAAUACUUGUCUCACACACCGAUGGAAAAGAAGAAAGCAAUCGAAAGCUUCAACACAGGGACUAAAGUUAAUACAGCAGAUCCUCCUUUGCCUAUAUUCAGCCAAUGCUUAAUUGACUGACUGCA